AUGAAGAGGAAGAGGACAAACUCUUUCAAUUCUUCACAACAAUCUAUUUCUUCCAUUAUAACUAGAAGUAAAUCAAAGGCUGCAAAAUUUUAUUUACCUGAACAUUGUUGGGAACAUAUCUUAAGAUUGCUCGGAGACAACCCACUUAGAGACGAUGAGGAAGACCCCUACAAAUAUGUCUCCCUCGUUUGCAAACAAUUCUUGUCCAUCACCAACCGUCUCCGAUGCUAUCUUUCUGUAGAAGAUCAUCACACACCCCCUCUCCUCCGUCGUCUCUUCGAAAGGUUCACCAUCACCAUCCUUGACCUCUCAUCCUACGAUGGUAACCUUGAUACACUUCUCUGUGAAAUCUCUCUUUUUCCAUUGAAAAUCACAUCCCUUGAUUUAUCUGACCAACCCACGAUUCCUGCUAUAGGAUUGCGAUAUUUCUCCCAAAAAAUUACAACUUUAACCUCUCUAACAUGUACUAGCAUUCAUGCGAUCCAUUACACUGACUUGGUCCUCAUCGCGGAUUGUUUCCCCAACUUGGAGCAUCUUGCUUUGAAUGAUUGCGAUGACAUAUCUGAAGAAGGUAUUGGUCAUGUUUUAAGGAGAUGUUGUAAGAUGACACAUUUGGACUUAGACGGAUGUUCUAAUUUGAAAAUGACGAUACACUUUGAAGUUCCUAACCUCAAGGUGUUGGAUUUGUCAAUGACAAAAGUUAACGAUGACGCACUCUUUGUAAUCUCAAAGAAUUGUCGUGGAAUUUUGCAACAAUUACUGGAAAAUUGUCAUGAUAUCACAGAGAAGGGAGUUAGGCAUGUGGUAGAGAACUGUGCACAACUACAAGAGAUCAAUUUGCGAAAUUGCAGUAAUGUGAACAGUGAUGUUCUUGUCUCAUUGAUAUUGUCAAGGCCAUCGUUGAAAAAUGUAACAACUCCACAUCGUUAUCCAUUCAACGACAAGGAGAUGGAACUCUUAUUGCGCCAAGGAUGUAAUGUUUACUAG